AUGUGGCCCUAAUUUGACUUGGGAAAGUAGUAAAUGCUAUAAGUGGCUCAACAUUUGCUCAGCAACUUAGUAAUUUCAUUUGGGAAUAACUGGCAGAAGUGACUGUAGUCAGUCUGCUUUUAUUACUGGCUUUAGUCAUGGGGUCUCUUAUCAGGUUAUUGCUGUUCUGCUUGCUUACAAUCAAAUGGAUUGAAGUAGAUGGAUACAUUGCUGCCACAGCAUUGGAUCCGACAGAGGAAGAGGAGCUGUUCUCAAGCGAUCAACCUGCAUUCUAUUCUACUUGGUCACCUGAAGGAUUCCAGCAGGAGCAGCAUGGGCCCUCAGUCAGAUCAUUUAGGAAUUAUAAAGUACCUCUGCAUGACAGUCAAGGUACGACUGUCCAGAAUCAGCAUAAAAGCCACAAGGCCAAAGGUCCCCAGAACAUGUGUAGAAGUGUUGUAUCCAAGCAGAGCCGGCAUGGCUGUCUGAAAAAGGUGCCUCCUGCUCACUUCAAAAAGCACCAGCAGAAGCCACAGCACAACCAUGACCACCAGUAUUACCACGUGAAAGAGCCCCAGACUCCCAAGAAGCAGCAUCACCACCACCACAGCCACAAGGUAAAAGGGCCCCAGACUCCACAGAAACACCAUUACCAAAUUAAGAUGCCAAAGUUUCCCAAGAUCCAGGAUUACUUCAGUCAUGAGGUAAAAGUGCCCCAGACUCCACAUCAUUAUCACCACAAACACCAAAUGAAGCCCCAAUAUCAUUACCAAGUGAAGCAACCAGAGGUCAUGAUGCCCCAGGCUCCCCAGAAACAUCCCCAUUACCAGAUAAAGCUGCCAAAAUAUCCCCAGCAGAACCAAGCAUCCCAGAUUAAGGUGCCCCAGGCCCCUGUGCAGCAGCAUUACCACUGGGUGGUUCCCCAGGUUCAACAGAAAUAUCCCCAGUACCAAAUGAAGCUCCCCCAGGCUCCCCCACCGCCACAGCAGCAUCACUACCAAUAUCAUGCAGAGACACCCCAGACUCCCCCGCCGCCACAGCAGUAUCGCCACCAAUACCAUGUGGAGACACCCCAGGCUCCCCCACCGCCACAGCAGCAUCACCACCAAUACCAGGUGGAGACGCCCCAGGCUCCCCCACAGCGUCCCCAUUACCAAACAAAGCUGCCAGAAGAUUCCCAGCACAACCAAACAUUCCAGGUUAAGGUGCCCCAGGCCCCUGUGCAACAGUAUUACCACUGGGUGGUGCCUCAGGUUCAACAGAAAUAUCCCCAGUACCAAAUAAAGUUGCCCUUGGCUCCACCACUGCAGCAUCGCCGCCAAUACCAGGUGGAGACGCCCCAGGCUCCGCCACAGCAGCAUCGCCACCAAUACCAGGUGGAGACGCCCCAGGCUCCCCCACAGCGUCCCCAUUACCAAACAAAGCUGCCAGAAGAUUCCCAGCACAACCAAACAUUCCAGGGUACAGUGCCCCAGGCCCCUGUGCAGCAGUAUUACCACUGGGUAAUGCCCCAGGUUCAACAGAAAUAUCCUCAGUACCAGGUGCAACUGCCAGAAGAUCCCCAGGACAACCAAACAUUCCAGGUGGAGAUGCCCCAGGCUUCCCUGCAGCAGAAUCGCCAACAUUACCAGGUGGCAAUGCUCCAGACUCCUCAGAAUUAUCCCCAGUAUCAGGUGAAGCCACCCAGUGAGCCCCAGAAGCAGCUCCAGCCCCACCACCAAAAAUACCAGGUGGAAGUUCCUCAGACUCCCCUGCAGAAGCAGCAUCUCUAUUACCAGGUGGUAAUGCCCCAGACUCCUCAGAAUUAUCCCCAGAACCAAGAGAAGCUACCAGGUGAUUCCCAGAAGCCUCACCAGCCCAGCUAUCAGACACAAGUACCAGGUUAUCCCCAGCAACAGCAGUACCAGAAUCACCAUCUAAAAUUGCCAGAGGGUCCACAGGAGCAGCAUCACUGUCACUACUACCACAACUACAAAGUGCCUGAGGAUCCUAAAACGCAUCCCAAUUGCUUCUAUUGGGUAAAGACACCUCAAAAGACCUGCAGGGAUCUGGUGUCUCAUGUUUACCAGAAGCAGGACCACUAGUUUCCCAGCAGCUUUGUAGCCAUUACCAGAGACCCCAUCUGAGAACUCUAUCCAAAGGAAAUUCCCAAUAACUGCUGCAGGUCAGUUGGUUGCCUAGGCUGCAUUUUUCUGAAUUAAAAACUCAGUUUUCUACCAACA